AGAUAUAAAGUGAAGGGCGGCCUAGCCCAUCAUGCCAUCCCCAGACAAUCGGAAACAAGGUCACAAUUGGUUGGAGACGAUGGUGGAGCUGCCCUCAGGAGUGGGCGAGGAGGAUGAGCACCACCACACCUGGACUACUGGCAAUUGUCUAAGCUGCGGGGAGCACGUACGGCCAUGCGAAGUGGCUCACACACCAGCCCCGGAGGGGGAGAGAGUGCCCGGUGACGGCGCCAGCAGCUCAGCACAUGAAGACCAGCGUCGUAUAAGCGAAGAUGUGGUUUCAUCACGAAGUAUUAAUCCAUUUCAAGAAGAUCCAGUGGAAACAGAAGGCAUGCUAAGGGCACCUCGAUACUACAGAGGAAUAUAUUGUCCAUCAAUCACAAAUAGUUUUAAGAAUAAGGCAGUAGAGUUAUCAUACCAAAGAUAUUCAAGGAGGCAGCGACAAAAAUCACUCAUAAUGGUGAACGUUGUUGACUUAGCACUUAAGAUAUGUCUAGCUGUUAUUUAUACAGUCACAAACAGAGACGUAGCAGCACCAAAUCCUUAUCAAAUAGCGUGGACGGUCGCGUUCGCGUGGCUCAACGUGGGAGUGUGUCUGCUCGGCUGGUGGCGAUGUUUCGCCAACAACUACCUGCACUGGGCCGCGGCGGCUACCUGGAUACUACUGAUCGCUCAAGGUCUCAGCGGUCAAGGUAUAGGCUUCCAAGAAUCACAAAACCAAGUAUGGUACAUGCUGUUCAUAGUGUUCGUACCAUACGCCAUGUUACCGCUGUCUCUGAUCUGGUGCAUCAUCAUCGGAACCCUGACCUUCCUCGCUCACGUGCUCGCCACAGCUGUAGUUAUUAAAGAGAGCAUGGAAGACACGAAGAGGGCUGUCAACUGUAAUAUUAAUUCCUACGCGUGCAGUCUUCGUCUACUCAUAGGUAACGCGAUGUUGUACGUAGCAGUAAACUUUGCGGGCAUGUAUGCCAAGUCUCUGGCCGAUUGGGGACAGAGGAAGGCCUUCUUGGAGACGAGACGGUCGAUGGUGACGCGUGAGAGGACUAAGAGAGAGAGUGAUCGACAGUGGAAGUUGUUUCAGAGCGUGAUACCAGACUUCUUAGCGAAAGAAAUCUAUGGACACGUGAACAAAGUAAAGGGGGAGUUCCAAGAGCAGCAAUUUAAUAACUUGUACAUACAACAGCAUCACGACGUGUCCAUACUAUACGCUGACAUCAAGGGCUUCACUGAACUGUCAAGCAAAUGCAGUGCACAGGAGUUAGUGAAGCUAUUAAAUGAAUUGUUCGCUCGCUUCGACAGGUUGGCAUCGGAAAAUCACUGCCUACGCAUAAAGUUGCUGGGUGACUGCUACUUCUGCGUGAGCGGGCUGCCGGAGCGGCGCGAGGACCACGCUCACUGCUGCGUGAACAUGGGCCUCCACAUGAUACGUGCUAUACGCGAUGUGCGCUAUAAUGCACAGGUGGACCUAGACAUGCGCAUCGGUAUACACAGCGGGAAGGUGCUCUGCGGAGUCCUGGGGCUGCUCAAAUGGCAGUUUGAUUUGUGGUCACACGAUGUUACUCUCGCUAAUCGUAUGGAAAGUGGCGGAUUACCUGGACGCAUGCACAUAUCAUCAGCUACACUAGAAUGUUUGAACGGUGCGUUUGAGGUAGAGCCGGGAGAUGGUGGGUCCCGUGACCCAUACCUCAGGGAACACAAUCCCGUCACCUACCUCAUUAAGAGCACGGAGCAGCCGAGGCGGACAAGACAUCGGUCUAGAACUAGUGUCCCACAAGCGUCUGCACAAAACUCGGACGCAACACCCCGCCGGCCUAGCAGCACCAUCGAAGAUGAAAUGACAGCCGACUGGACGCCUGAGAUGCCCUUCCAAAACUACUACUCAAGCGGGGCCGCCAGCGUGGCUCGAGGGUUUAACCUAAAUGGUGACAACUCUAAACGAGAUCCGGAAAUUGACGACGUGCCCCCAGUCUCCGAUGUCGAGGAGGACGACAUAAUAAACCACUCGAUAGAAGUGAAGUCGAACCGUCGCAUGCGCGUGAGCAACAUGCACGGCUGGUCGCUGCGGUUCCGCAGACCCUCGCUGGAGGAGAGGUUCGGGGAGCUGGAUGAGAGGACCUUCAAGUCUAACGUCAUGUGCUGUUUGGUGCUGUGGCUGUUCAUUGUUGCUGUGCAGAGCUUGGUGCAUUACAAUUGCCAGUACCUAGUGAUGAUUCUGCUUCUGAUGACGAUCCCCUUCACGUUGUCCUUCAUCCUGGUGAUGAUAGAGGAGUUCCCGGGGAUCCUGCCGCGCCUCACCAAGAUCUCUGCUUACCUCAGCUCAACAAGGACUAUUAGGAAUGUUCAUAUAUGCUGCUUUAUCACAGCUAUGUCUAUAUCCAGCACGAUAAAACUGUACGUGUGUCCGCCAUCUUUUAUCCCUCAAACGCCGAACGGCACUGUUGCUCCCAACGUAACGUGUAACUACACCACGCAAGAACUUACUGAUGAAUGGAAUGAUCCAGACGAAUGCUAUCGUCCGGAGUACGUGGUGUUCACGUGGGUGCUGUGCCUGGUGGCGCUCACGUCCGUGCUCAAGCUGUACUACUUGAUCAAGACCCUGUUGGCAACCGUCAACGUGGUCAUGUACACCAUCCUAUUGGUGCACUUCUACAACUAUAGGAAUUACAAUAGCAAUACAAAUACAACACUACCAGCAUACGUACAAAUGCUGAUCCUGAUGGCAGUGUUCCUAGUAGUAGUCAUAUAUCACGGGAGGCUGGUCGAAGUGACAUCCAGACUGGACUUCAUCUGGAAGCUGCAAGCAGAGACAGAUUUAGACGAGAUGGAGGACACGCAGAAGACGAACAGACAUCUCCUCAAGCAUAUACUGCCUGAUCAUGUGGUUGUACAUUUCCUGAGCAGAGAUUGGUGUCCUGAUGAGCUGUACUCUCAAUGGCGCGACGAGGUGGGCGUGAUGUUCGCCGGGAUCCCGAACUUCGACGAGUUCUACUCGGAGGAGAAAGCCGUGGAGUGCAUGCGCGUGCUCAACGAGAUCAUUUUCGACUUUGACAAGCUACUGAUGCAGCAGCGGUUCAAAAGCAUCGAGAAGAUUAAAACGAUAGCAGCCACUUACAUGGCAGCUUCAGGACUCAAUCCUAAUCACAACAAGACAGGUGAGGAUAACUGUGAACAUUUGUGUGCGCUGGUCGACUAUGCCUUUGCGUUAAGAGAAGCCCUAGAAGACAUCAGCAAACACAGCUUCUAUAAAUUCCGCCUGAGAGUAGGCAUUAGCUGUGGUCCCCUGGUGGGCGGAGUGAUCGGCGCUCGCAAGCCGGUGUACGACAUCUGGGGCAACACCGUCAACGAAGCUUCACGCAUGGAGACCACGGGGGCCAUGGACAAGAUACAAGUCACUAAAUACACUAAGCAGCUAUUAGAAUGCCGCGGCUACACUCUAGAACGUCGCGGUCCAGUGGAAGUGAAAGGCAAGGGUCGCAUGGAGACGUGGUGGGUAACCAGAGCCCGGGGUGCCGACCCCGCGCGCCCCGCCCCGCCGCCCGCCCGCCCCGCGCCGCCCCGCUCGCUGGCUGCCUUGGUUUAUACCAUGCUGCAGGCACGCAAGCGGAUAUAUACGCAUCCGCUUGAUACUGCUAAUAUUCCUAAACGCGGCGGCAGCGUGAGGUCAAGUCGAGCGGAAACUGCACCGAGUGGCUCACAUCGACAUCGCUCCGAAUUGCGGAGAACGAGAACGCGGCAUGCAAGGACCAUGGGCAACGAGCUAGAACUCGGUGCGAUCCGGCCCCACUCGAGCAGCCUCGUGGUCCGUCGUGUAGACAUGACGGCCGCGCCGCCGUCGUCUCUCUCCGCGCCGCACACUCCCACCGGCGCCGGACACCCGCACCACCCGCACGAGAUGCCGCCCAGGGACAAGCAGCCCAAGUUGGGGCUCGGUGCUCGACUAAAAGCAGCCAGCUUUUCCUCAAGAACCCGCCCUAGGGAGCGGUCACCGAACAUUCGAGAACAACCGCACGAGGGCUCCGGCGCUUCCAUCGGGAACGGCACUCUCGGCUCCUUCCGAAUACGAUCCAUCACCAACGCUUCCAUAUUCAAAAGUAGAAACAAAGACAAACGCAGCAAAGAACAGCUGGAUGGAGAAACCAAAGAGAAUGGAGAUGCGGUCUCGACUCGCAUGUGAACUCAAAUGUGAUGAUGCUGUUCUUUUUUUAAAUUGUUUCUAGUUGCCAUAUAAAUGACUGUUGAAUUAAAUAAUAAAUCAGCGUUGAUUAUAUUGAGAUAGUAGGAAGUCAGAGGUAUUUAAAAAAACGUUCAAAGGUCCUAUUUUCUUGUUUUGUCCGUCUCCGGGUCAUUGACAAAAUGAGAUUCAAUUUGUAUUACUCAUUUUCUCGCAUGAUAUGGCUUCCUAGCAAUCGUUAUUUCAAUGAACAUUGAAACUGGAACCAGUAUAUUUCUUUGCUAAGACCGAUGGUGUUAUUUUCCUGUUGUAUUAUGUAGGUCGUGUCGGCCGCUUGUCUUCCCUAGAUAAUGCAAGUAUAUUAUGAGAUUAUAAUUGCACCUUUACAUGACUGUGAUGUGCAGCUAUUUAAGUUUACUAAUUUUUACUUUUAAUGCCAGCAGAAGGCUGUCACUAAAUUAGCACAAAUUGUUAAUUUGUGUCAUUUGUUUAUUUCGAAUGAAAAUUACCUAAUACAUGAAGUUUGUACAUAAAAAAUAUUUAGAGAUUAUUUAUUUUUACAAAAUAUUAAGAUGAAAUUAAUCAUGUUAAACUGUGACAUAUUUAGUUUAAAAUUGUAUUUAUUGCGGGAGGCACAAAAUGUUGAAUACAUUUGACUAUUUUAUUAUUAAGUGUAAUGUUACUUGUUAAGAAGAUGUAAAUAUUGUAAGAUAUUUUUGUAUGAUCAGUCAAAACUUUUGGACUUAGGUGUGGGACCAAACUGAGCCUAGACUCGAGAGUUGUAGACAGAAGAGAAAUAACAGAAUACUAACACUUUGCAGAAGAAUUACAAAAUGCGAGGUGCCAUAGAGAAGAAAUGUAUUACUGUAGGUAACUGCAUAUAAAAUGAAUGGUGAUUUGCUUUUCGAUUUAACUUGCUUUAUGAAACGUCGAAAAUGAAUUUCAUUUGGUAGAUAGGUAACUUAUCUUUGUUCUUUAUUUUUGAACAUGUUAUAUUUUUAGGAUGAUGUUAAAUAAGUAGGAACUGAUUCUUCUGUAAAGCGCUAGUGUCCAUAAGUUCUGACUGAUUGGUAUACUUAGAAGUUAGUCGUUAAGAAAUCAGACAGCAUUUCUCUAAAUUUCAGUAGGGAUCUGAAUGUGCCACUUUUACAGUAGAACAGAUAAUGCCAAAGAUUAUGAAUGAUCUCAGAAAGCAUUUUAGUAACACCUAUACUAAGUAGACAUUUAAAAAAUGUAUUUAAUGUUAAGAUCUGACAUACUACAUAUUUAUAUUAGUAGAUUAUUUUAUUGUUUAGUAACUUCGGUGUUGCCAAAGCCAAAUUAACUGUAAGUAAUUUCGAACAAAUAUUUUAAAACGGAAUCUAUGAAAUAAAACGUCGGAUGAA